AUGCCCCCCCUCCACCAUUCCCUGUACCCCCCCACACCCUGCUCCACUGUCGGUGUCCCCCUGCCUCUCUUUUCCCCUACACCCAGUCUGUGUCCCCCAGCCUCCCUUUUCCCCUACACCCAGUCGGUGUCCCCCCGCCUCCCUUUUCCCCUACACCCAGUCUGUGUCCCCCAGCCUCCCUUUUCCCCUACACCCAGUCUGUGUCCCCCAGCCUCCCUUUUCCCCUACACCCAGUCGGUGUCCCCCCGCCUCCCUUUUCCCCUACACCCAGUCGGUGUCCCCCAGCCUCCCUUUUCCCCUACACCCAGUCUGUGUCCCCCAGCCUCCCUUUUCCCCUACACCCAGUCUGUGUCCCCUAGCCUCCCUUUUCCCCUACACCCAGUCGGUGUCCCCCCGCCUCCCUUUUCCCCUACACCCAGUCUGUGUCCCCCAGCCUCCCUUUUCCCCUACACCCAGUCUGUGUCCCCCAGCCUCCCUUUUCCCCUAAACCCAGUCGGUGUCCCCCCGCCUCCCUUUUCCCCUACACCCAGUCGGUGUCCCCCAGCCUCCCUUUUCCCCUACACACAGUCUGUGUCCCCCAGCCUCCCUUUUCCCCUACACCCAGUCUGUGUCCCCCAGCCUCCCUUUUCCCCUACACCCAGUCUGUGUCCCCCAGCCUCCCUUUUCCCCUACACCCAGUCUGUGUCCCCCAGCCUCCCUUUUCCCCUACACCCAGUCUGUGUCCCCCAGCCUCCCUUUUCCUCUACACCCAGUCUGUGUCCCCCAGACUCCCAUUUCCUCUACACCCAGUCUGUGUCCCGCUGCCCUGUGCCCCCCCCCCCACACCCUGCCCCUCUGUCAGUGUCCCCCUGCCUCCCUUUUCCUCUACACCUAUCUGUGUCCUCCUGCCCUGUGCCCUCCCCUACACCCUGUCCCCACUGUCAGUGUCCCCCUGCCUCCCUUUUCCUCUACACCCAGUCUGUGUCCUCCUGCCCUGUGCCCCCCCCCUACACCCUGCCCCCACUUCUGUAUCCUCCUGCCCUGUUCCCCUCCCUUACACCCUGCCCCCAGUGUCAGUGUCCCCCUGCCUCCCUUUUCCUCUACACCCAGUCUGUAUCCUCCUGCCCUGUGCUCCUUCCUUACACCCUGUCCCCACUUCUGUGUCCCCCAGCCUCCCUUUUCCCCUACACCCAGUCUGUGUCCCCCAGCCUCCCUUUUCCCCUACACCCAGUCUGUGUCCCCCAGCCUCCCUUUUCCUCUACACCCAGUCUGUGUCCCCCAGACUCCCAUUUCCUCUACACCCAGUCUGUGUCCCGCUGCCCUGUGCCCCCCCCCCCCACACCCUGCACCUCUUCUGUGUCCUCCUGCCCUGUGCCCUCCCCUACACCCUGUCCCCACUGUCAGUGUCCCCCCGCCUCCCUUUUCCUCUACACCCAGUCUGUGUCCUCCUGCCCUGUGCCCCCCCCCUACACCCUGCCCCCACUUCUGUAUCCUCCUGCCCUGUGCCCCUCCCUUACACCCUGUCCCCACUGUCAGUGUCCCCCUGCCUCCCUUUUCCUCUACACCCAGUCUGUAUCCUCCUGCCCUGUGCCCCUCCCUUACACCCUGCCCCCAGUUCUGUAUCCUCCUGCCCUGUGCCCCUCCCUUACACCCUGCCCCCACUGUCAGUGUCCCCCUGCCUCCCUUUUCCUCUACACCCAGUCUGUAUCCUCCUGCCCUGUGCCCCUCCCUUACACCCUGUCCCCACUUGUCCCCCUGCCUCCCUUUUCCCCUGCCCCCCUAUUCCUCUACACCCUGUAG